CAUUUGUAAAUACAUUUAUUUGCAUUGGUAGCGCGGCCACUAGAGUAUCUGCUCAAUAUAAUGGAGAAUCUGUGAUGAAGUUCAUUUUUCACAGUUGGUGAUGGCGGGUGUUGUCGAAAUCGACACCAUGAAGAAUUACCACAUAGCCUUUGAGAGAAUAGACCCCGAUACGAGCCGUUAUCCCUACUGUAUUGUGUGGACACCUAUCCCCGUGCUAUCAUGGCUGCUACCAUUCAUUGGACACAUGGGAAUCUGCACCUCUUCUGGUAUCAUCCGUGACUUUGCUGGGCCCUACUUUGUCUCUGAAGACAACAUGGCCUUUGGGAGACCAACAAAGUACUGGAUGCUGGACGUAGCCAAGGUGUAUGCUAGUGGCUCCAACGCCUGGGACACAGCAGUGCAUGACGCCUCAGAAGAGUACAAAAACAGAAUGCACAACCUCUGCUGUGACAACUGUCACUCCCAUGUGGCCAUGGCUCUGAACCUGAUGCGCUAUGAGAACAAGACCUCAUGGAACAUGAUCAACCUCUGUCUGCUUUCCCUAGUCCACGGAAAACAUGUCAGCUGUGCAGGGUUCUUGAAGACCUGGCUUCCCUUCCUCAUGUUGCUGGGCAUUAUCCUGACUGUGGCUCUAACCAUUAACCUGCGGUGACCAACCAACCAGGUGGGAGGACACAGCUUACAGGGUGGAAAGGGGGAGGGACUCCUUGCAGGAGGGGGAUGAGGGAGAUGGGGGUUGAGUGAGGUGAGAGCACACACGGGGAGGGGGGACCCCCCCUGCAGGUUGGAAGUUGAGGUGGGAGGUGUCACUCUACACCUACUCUGCUUGUGAGGACCGAGCGGUGAAAAAAGACAUGGAACUGUGACAUCCCAGCAACAAACAAACCAAUGAGAGAAAGGCAAUAACAUCCUCCUCUCGACUUAACACAAAGCCUGCUUGUUUCUAGGACCAGGCAACCUAGCUUUCAAUGGUGGCGGAUGGCAAUUUAGUUGUUUGUUUAUUUUGGCAUUGAGGUAAAUUGUUAUUGAUGGACGGUAGCUUACUUAUAAAUGUUUUAAUCCCCCUCCACACACUUCCUAACCCCAUGCAAUUUAAUGCAGUUUUCAAAUGUUUUGAUUUUCAAUUAAGUCCUACUAUGGGGUGUAUAGACCCUCAUAAUUUCUAGGUAAUGGAUGAUGUUGCAGGUUCUGUAGACUAGAGGAGCGAUGGUAGUGGUGAAGGGGGCAGAGGUUGUUGUUUCUUUCAGGGGUUGUUGUUUCUUUCAGGGGUUGUUGUUUCUUUCAGGGGUUGUUGUUUCUUUCAGGGGUUGUUGUUUCUUUCAGGGGUUGUUGUUUCUUUCAGGGGUUGUUGUUUCUUUCAGGGGUUGUAGUCUUGUCUUCCACAGCGACAGCAGUAUCCAUCUCUUUCUCUCUCUGCCAUGCUGAAACAAACACCCACCAUCCAUCUAAUGACAUGGGAAUGAUGAUGACUCAGUGCUUCCCAUACUCCAUCUUGAUGAUUGGAACAGAAAACAUGACAUUUCCCUUUUAAUGCCUUUAAAGGAAUGUGUUAUUGUGUUGACAUUUUAUACUUGGAUUGAUACAGUUCCUAUUUCUGCAACUUUUAAUAGCCUGUGAUUCACCAAGAGUGAUUUGUUGUUACAUUUAAUUGAAUCUACUACAUUGGAGUGUAUCCAGGAUAAUAAUUCUCAAAACUCUGCUAUAAACAAGUGAUGCUUCAUAUGUUGUAUAAUAUCUAUGAGUCUAAUUUAACUGCUUGUAUCUGCAUUUUAUUAAAAUAUUUAUAUUUUUCUUAGAACUCGAUUGACAAUUAUGUUUAGACCUGUUUUAAUGAUGGCUCUUUUUUAAAUGGGAUUAUAGAUUUCAGAAGUGUGUUGGAUUAUUUGGAUACUUCCUACAGUUGCCAUGGUAACCUCUGUGGAACCCUGGACUCAUAACUCUGGACUGCCGAUGGGAAUGAAAUGCAUGAUGUUCUGGAAUGCUGCAGAGUUAAUUUGUGUUCUAGAAUGUGAGCGUGCCAAAUGUAGAGCUUCCCGGUCCCUACAGGAGAGGGAUCACCGCUUUCUGAUCUGUUCCACGCGCAAACUUUAACCCCAAUGUGCCCCAGAAGAAAGGAGCACCUCUGAAACCUGGCUCGGCCUGGGUUGACAAACUGAAAGUAAUUCAUAUAGUUGGUGCCUGGAAAAACAUGGGUCUUCCUGGAUAACAUGUAUGUGCAUGAAUGGCUCAAUUUAUAUCAAACUUCAUUUUUAGACCGUACCAUCUAUAUUGAUUUUGUAUGUAGUAGCCUACUUUCAAACACUGGCUAAUCCUAGAUCAGGGGUUCCCAAACUUGGUCCCGGGGCCUCCCCUGGAUGCAGGUUUUGGUUUUUGUCCUAGCACUAAACAGAUGAUUCAAAUAACAGAAUCAUCAAGCGUUGAUUAUUUGAAUCAGCUGUUUAGUGCUAGGGCAAAAACCAUGGGGGGCCUCUGCACCGCGUUUGGGAAACCCUGUCCUAGAUGAUGGUUGGCUCACAAAAUCCAAUGACAUGGCUUUCUUCUGUGGUGGCAGGUUCAAAUCCCCUCAUUGUUUGAGUGAAAGCGCUGAGCCUUGAGCCUUUUCUCUUUAUCUGUGGAGCUGCCAGAAGCAGCAGGUAGCCUGCUGGCUCCUCCAGGUUUACACACCCUUGUCACACUACCGAGCUGGACUGAACCAAUGUACUGAGCUGGCCCGAUGUACUGAGCUGGCCUGGAUGCCAAUGCAUCUCUAUGCAGCCCUUUUCACAUUCCUGCUUCUUUCUCUCUAGUUGGACUUUAUUAUUUGAAAUUCCAGUAAAUGUGAUAUGUCGCUCUACUACUGCAAUAACCCCAAAUUGUAUGUAGAAAAACAAACAGAAAACAAUGUUUAGAUUUGUAUAGGAAGUCCGUAAAGAUCCUUCUUUGCUUUCCAUUACUUUCACAGUCAAGGCAGUUUUACACUACUUCUGUAGCUGUUGGUGAUUUUAUGCGAGAUGCCAAUUGUUUCCAGGGUAUUGACAUUCCUUUGGUGUGCUUAUGGAGUCUUUCAUCUUUAUUUUUCCUUUCAUGUUCAUGUGUAAAUAUUUGACCAAGUGCUUUUGUCUUAGGAUACUUGAGAUUAUAAAUCACACCUGUUUUUAAUGUUCUGUUUUAAUUUAUAUUGUAAAUGAGCUAUCCUCCUUAAUUCCCUUCAUUUUCUACAUGCAAUACCAUAUGAUACAAUAUCAAAACUCAUCACUGUUCUGCAAUGAAACAAUUUUGUGCCUGAAUGCAUGAGUGAGUGUGUCAAAAGAAGUGUGUGGGCGUGUACAUGCAUGACGGCCGGUUGUGCAUGUCCUGGCUGCGUGGUCUAUGUCUUUGUGGACACAACUAUUUUCUUGAAUCCUGUGGCUUUUUGGGGAAUUGACAAUAACUGCAUAUGAUAUUAGAUGGCUGCAUAUAACUUCCUUUAUAUGCACUUAUUUAUUACCCAAAUUGUUAUCUAAAAUUAUGUAAAUGGAUAAAGGUAUAUAGUACAUAAUAGACUAGACUGUAAUGGACCUUUUUUAAAUGAUCCAUAGUUGACCCAAGUUUCCCAGUCUUGAUAUUAAUUGUCUACACUCUUAGACAAAAGAGUUCCAAAAGGAUGCUUCAGCUGUCCCCAUAGGAGAACCCUUUUUGGUUCGGCGUAGAACCCUCUGUGGAAAGGGUUUUACAUGGAACCCAAAAGUGGUUUUACAUGGAACCAAAAGGAUUUGACCUGGAACCAAAAAUGGUUCUUCAAAGAGUUCUAUGGACAUCAGGUCAAACUUGAGGGAAUCUUAUUUGAGUCCGAUAAGGAUGUUCAUAUGAUAGGCUCUCUGCAAGGUAUUGUAUAGUUUACCUAUCCAACUGACAAUCUCUUAGGAAAAAAUAUAAAUGAUCAGAACCAAGAGUUAAAAAGAACUGAUAUUGGCACAAGGUGGAGGGAAUGUUGGAUCAUAAGGUUACAGUUAACUAAAAUGAACGUAUGCAUAGAAUGUAUUAUACAAGAGACAACAUUCACAAAUUCUACAGCACAAUGGCAAGAGUCAUGUCUGAAGUGUAAAACUAAUGACUCAAUAAUCCAUGCCUUCUGGGAAUGUUAUAAAGUCAAAGUUAUAGGCGGAGUUAAAGUUGGCUGUCAGAAGUAUUACAGUGUAAAUGUACUUUUAAUCUGUCUCUCUGUAUAUUUUAAGACAUGGCAUACUGUAUGAGGGUGCAGUGAGAUACCCAAUGUGUUGGACCAUACUUUUCUCGCCAAUCAUCUUUAAAAAAAUUAUACUUAGACUGGAAAUCGACCAAUACUCUGUAAUUUACGCAAUGGAAAGUUCAAAUGCUUUAUCUAAAUGUUGAAAGUGCGUGGGCUACAGAGAGAAACAAAAUGGUGCCGUUUGAGGCCAUGUGGCAUAAAGGGAUGUGGGCGCUGGAGAUGGGGGUGUGUGCUAGUGGUUCUGGGCAGGUGUGAUGUAAUUGAUGUUUGUAUGAUGAUGUUUUGUGUGUGUAAAUUGUUCUAAAAAUAAUAAUAAUAAAGUUCUCCAGUGGGGACAGGCGAAGAACC